AAGUUGUUUCUCUCUUUUUCCUAUAUAUAUACAUAUAUAUAAUUGGAAGCUGAAUCGAGAGAGAAUCAACAAGAUCAAAAUUUUAAACUCUCGUUGUUUUGACAUCAUUGACAUUCGUUUAACAUUGUCGUUUAUUAGUAUUUGUCUAUUGUCACGUGUGCAUAUAUAAUAUGUGUCUCCUCGUUAAUUGUAUUUUAUGUGUGUAUUCAAUGUAUGAAUUAUAAAAGUGCACUAUUCUUCGUUUUUCAUUGAAAAAUAUGUAAUAAAAUUGUCAUUUUCAUUUUGUGCGUGUCUAUGUGCGAUAAAGAAAAUAAUAUGCGAAUAACAAAUAUAGAAAACUAUGAAUUUUGACAAUUAUCAGAAGUUAGAAAAUAGAAUGUUACACAUUGUAACAUUCUAAAUUUAUCACAAAAAACAAAAAGUUUCAUCUUUUAUUUGAAGUUUAUCAACUUUUAGUGAUUAAAUAUAUAUAAAUAUCGCCAUACAAGAAAAGAAGGAGAAAGGAGAGAAGGAAGAAAAAGGAGAUAAAAACCGAAGUACUAAAAAAUAAUAAAAAAUGAGGAGUCGCAGUAAUUCAGGCGUUCGCCUGGAUUAUUAUCAGCGCACUGUGGCGAGAAUAAUAAUGCAUCAUCAACAUCCAGUGACGGGAUUAUUUCCAGCGAGUCCCGAUAAUAAUCAUGCGUGGAUUCGCGACAAUGUUUAUACAAUAUUGGCCGUAUGGGGUCUAUCGAUGGCGUAUAAAAAAAUUGCCGACGCCGACGAGGACAGGGCAAAAACCUAUGAACUUGAACAAAGUUGCGUGAAAUUAAUGCGCGGCCUAUUAAUGGCAAUGGUGCAGCAAAAGGAUAAAGUUGAAAAAUUCAAGACAACACAAAAUUCAUUAGAUGCAUUGCACGCGAAAUAUAGUUCAUCAACUGGACAGAGUGUCGUUGGCGAUGGUGAAUGGGGACAUUUGCAAAUUGAUGCCAUUUCACUUUAUCUAUUGAUUUUGGCGCAAAUGACCGCUUCCGGCUUGCAAGUCGUUUUCAAUUUGGAUGAGGUGGCAUUCAUUCAGAAUUUGGUGUUUUACAUUGAAUCGGCGUAUUGCACGCCCGACUAUGGAAUGUGGGAGCGUGGCGAUAAGACAAAUCACGGCCUUCCCGAAUUGAAUGCAAGCAGUAUUGGAAUGGCGAAAGCGGCAAUGGAAGCAAUGAAUGAAUUGGAUCUUUUUGGCGCACGCGGUGGACCAACGUCGGUGAUUCAUGUACUCGCCGAUGAGGCACAAAAAUGUCAAGCAGUUCUGCAAUCAAUGCUCCCGAGGGAAUCGAAUUCCAAGGAACUUGACAGUGGUCUAUUGUCAAUUAUCAGCUUCCCUGCGUUUGCCGUUGACGAACCGUCGCUCAUUCAACUCACUCGCGAUACAAUUACGAAAAAACUUCAGGGACGCUAUGGAUGUAAACGUUUCUUACGUGACGGUCAUCGUACACCGAAGGAGGAUCCAAAUAGAUUGUAUUACGAGCCAUGGGAAUUGCGAAUGUUCGAGAAUAUUGAAUGCGAAUGGCCACUAUUCUUUUGCUACUUGAUUCUCGACUAUUGCUUUCAAGGGAAUAAGGAUUUAGUGGCGGAAUACAGUAAACAAUUGGAGAAGAUAACAACAAAAACUGACGAUGGAAUGAGAUUGGUGCCAGAAUUGUAUGCAGUUGCCGCUGAGAAUGUCGCCGCUGAAUACGCAGAACCCGGAAGUCAAGAGAGAGAUGCCUUCGGACGAUGUCCAUUCAUGUGGGCUCAGUCAUUAUACAUUCUGGGAAAAUUGCUCCAAGAAGGUUUCCUGGCGGUCGGAGAACUCGAUCCACUGAAUCGUCGAUUGUGUAGUGAGAAAAAGCCGGACGUCGUGGUGCAAGUUGUGAUUCUCGCGGAGGACGCGGAGAUUCGUGAAAAAAUCGCUCAGCAUGAUAUUCACGUGCAAACGAUUGACGAAGCCGCGCCAAUUGAAGUUCAACCGGCAAAAGUUCUCAGUCAUCUUUACACCUAUUUAGGUAGAAAUAAAAAAUUGGGAUUGUCUGGAAGAAAAUCGCGAGACGUGGGAAUUUUGAGUACGAGUAAAUUAUAUUCACUGCACGAUAAAAUAUUCGCCUUCACACCACAGUUGACAGACAUGACCCGCUUCUACAUCGCAUCGGACUAUGAGCUCAUGAUUGACAUAUUCAAAGGCGAAAUUAAUUUCUUGAAGUCUAGCUGGCAGAAUAUGUUAGGCCGUCCACUUGUGGUCAUGCCUCUCAAGAAUAUCCACCUAGAUCAGGGAAAAAUUCCAUUGGCAAUGAUAACAACAAUGAAGAAACUAAAGAGUGGUUAUAUUAAUGGAACUCGUGUUUCGCUUGGAAAUUUGAAUGAAUUUUUGAGUACUUCGUGUAUUACGAAUCUUAGUUUUCUCGGCAGUUCGGAAGACGGUCGACCUGAUAGAUUAAAUCCCGAGGUUCAACAGUAUUUAGAUGAACAUUUAAUGAAAGCUUUUCCGCAACGCACGAGUCUUUUGAGUCGAACUGGCGUGAAGAGUACGAAAAAUUUACGACGCCGAAUGUCGGUGAAGGGGGCAAUUAAAAAAACAAGAUCAAUCGCCGUUGAACCUGCCGUUCCUCUCGUCCUGCAAGAACCGGAAAUCCUGGGAAUGGCCGGCGAAGAACGACGACCGUCGACUAUUUUAUCGACAAAUCCCUUCAUUGAAGUGACGGACACUUCAUUAACGCCGAAUGCAAAAAUACCCGAACGAACACCAUCGCCCACGGAGGAUAUGUUCCCUUGGAAAUAUUCGCCACGUCCACAUCGGCAUCGUGUCAAUUCCGAGACACAAUACGCCGACACUGAAGUUGAGGAAUUAAUGUCGAUGCUCCGCGAAACUGAGAGUCUCGAAGAGCAGGGAGACAUUCUACAAUAUUUGGUAGACACGCAGGGUUUGCAAUUUAACACAGGAAUGAUUGAGGACGGCCACUCGGUCCUCGUGAAGGAUCUUCUAAAAGGCCUCUAUGAGAAAGCGUGUCAACAAAAAAUGUGGGGAAUUGUGAGACACACCGCUGGAAUGUUGGGCAAACGAGUUGAGGAUUUAGCGAAAGCAGUAACUGAUUUACUCGUUAGACAGAAACAAGUGACCGUUGGUAUGCCACCAAGUAAUGAGCAUACAAUCGUUGCGCCCCUACCUGAAAAUGAAUUACGCUCAUUAAUUCAUCAAGCUUAUGGCGAUGACGAAUCAACGGCAAUGCUCACACAAGAAUUACUCGUUUAUUUGGCAAUGUUCAUUAGAACCGAGCCGCAAUUAUUCAAUGAAAUGCUACGUCUUCGUAUUGGUCUAAUAAUACAAGUGAUGGCCACUGAAUUAUCGCGCACGCUAAUUUGCAGCGGUGAAGAGGCUUCUGAACAUUUACUCAAUCUCUCGCCAUUUGAGAUGAAAAAUUUAUUGCAUCAUAUUAUGAGUGGAAAGGAAUUUGCGAUCAGCAGUGUUGGUCGUGGAAAUUUCUCAGUAAUUAGCUGUAAAUCGGGAAAAGUCAGUAAGAAAUCGCAAAUAGGAUUUUUAAGUGCUGAUCCGGGCGAAAUGGGAGAAAUUGAACCAGAUCGACAGGGACAAUGGUUGAGAAGACGAAGACUCGAUGGGGCUUUAAAUCGAGUUCCGAGGGAUUUUUAUCCUCGAGUUUGGCACGUUUUGGAAAGAUGCCAAGGAUUGGCAAUCGAGGGAAAACUCUUGCAACAAAAUCUCACGCAAGAAAUGACGCCGGGCGAAUUGAAAUUCGCAUUGGCAGUUGAGACAUUUUUAAAUACAAUUCCACAGCCGGAAUAUCGUCAACUUGUCGUUGAGGCAUUAAUGGUAUUGACACUCGUCACCGAAUACAAUGUAUUGGCAUCGUUGGGGGGAAUUAUCGCUGUCGAGGAUUUAGUUCACAAGGCGAACGCCAUUUUUCUCGCCGAUCAGAUAAAGUGUGACGGGGAUGCGACAUUGUGUUGCGCAAAACCAAAGGAUCAACGGGAGAUAAAUUCAACGGGAAUGUUACUUUGCGGUGGUGCAGCGUACGUUUGUCAACAUUUUUAUGACAGUGCGCCGAGCGGAAGUUUUGGUACAAUGACAUACAUUACGCGUGCCGUCGCCUCAAUGUUGGACUGUUUGCCAAUUAAUCACGAUCUUGAGUGUUCCAUUUCAUAGGUAAUUUUUUUUCCCCUUUUUUUCUUUCUUUCUCUCUUAUAAAUAGUAGGUACACUUUUUAAAAAAUCUUUCAGUGAACAUUUCUCCUUAAAAUAUCGGUCAAAAUUGAUUUUUUUAAAAAAGAAUUUUUCUUUUUUCUUCUUUAAAAAAACGUCGAUUUACGUAUUUCAAAAUUUGAUCUACGUAUAUAAUAUUUUGAUCUAAAAAUUUAAUAAUUUGAUUUACGUAAUUAAAAUUUUGAUUUACGUUUUUCAAAAUUUUAUUUAUACACUUAGAAAUUUGAUUUACAGAGUUAGAAAUUUAUUAUUAUAAUUUUCAUUA